CCAUGAGACAAUUCAAUUCAGAUCCGGCCUUCGGGCGUCAUUGGGCAAGACUUGAACUGAGAGACGACUUCAAGACACUCCUCCUUGGUCUUCUUCCUCUCAUCUUCAUCUUCAUCUUCAUCUUCAACUUGACUUCUGAGAUUUUCCGUUUUGCACGACGCCGACGUGUGUUGCAAUCCCAUUCGACUUUUCCUUGCCGCACGUUUCUACCCUCCUCGUCAUGCCAAAACCAACACUCAAACAACGAAUAUUACGCCAGCCAACGAAGAGUUAUGUGGCCGAAGCAGAAGGUCUAUCGAUCAGCGGCGUUAACUACCCAUACUACACCUAUGCUCAAGCUGGAAUCACUUCGAAUUCAAGUCUUCCGACGCGUUCCUCACAUGCACAUACACGUCGACCGGAGUAUUAUUCGGCUUAUAAGGAAAUGGCUGCGGCGGCAGGAGUUGAUGUUACUCAUACCCUUACCAUUUCAGGGCAACCUGAAGAAGACGCAAACGGGGACAUCGUAGACGCCUUGAUGAGCGGUAACCAUUGCUAUCAUGACAGUUACCCUAAGACGGCGAUGAAAUCGAGGAAGAAGCGGCAUCGCCCACUGCAGCAACAGCGCGUUGUUGCGCGGAAUGCAGAGGGAGGGAAUGUAGUGAAUGCUUGGAAGCCGCUGCCGAGUAUUAUCGAAUUCCCCUCAAUGGAGGCCAAAUCGAAAGGAUCCACCCUAACCAAUCCAAUGCCUGAACAGGAACAGGAGCAGCAAUAUGAACAAUUGCCACAAGCAGCACCACAGCUUGCAGGACACGGGUCUGCUCGUCCAAAUGCGGGAUUUUACGUCAAUGACAAUGACAGAGGAGAUACAUUCGCUAUUUCAUUUGCCAUGAGCGAUAAAAUUAGUGGUGAGCAUCAGUCGCACCACAUUGUUGACGGAUGCCAGAUGGAAGAGGAGACCCUGCACACCACUAGUCAGGGUGAAGGUUCUUCGGUUCAUCCUACCACAUUUCAUCAACAGCUGCCUGACCCACAGCACCAACAUGAAAUAUCAUCACUCGGGUCUUUUCCGCAGCACUCAUUAAAUCCUUCACCUUCUCUCCCUGACGUUACUCCGUGCAGGGAAAUACCCCCAACGUCCCAAAGUGACGCGCCCACUCCUGCUCUCAUCGAGCCCUGUCCUUCACCUCGACCUCUUGGCAGUAGUCCCGCGGCCGUUCCUUUUUCUCCGGCAGCUUCCUCCCCUUCCUCCGUCUCCAGUGCUCUUGGGAGCGAUUCUGACUCUACUGCGUACUUCACCCCACCCGGGACGCCUGCUGCUAGAACGACAACGACACUAUGUUCUCCGGACGUGCUUAUCCGUAUGCACACACCCAUAAAACGCGGUUAACGGGUGGAGGGGGUAAGGGCGUACUUACGUCUACGUCCAUGACUAUUGCUGCAAGUACACUAGUGCUUCCACCUGUCCCUAUCACGGCCUCACUACUGUCUGAUGAGAUGAC